AUGGGCCCCUGUACCGCCUCCUCAUGCUGCUGCCAGGCCCGUAAUCUGCCAUGGGCCCCCGUACCGACUCCUCAUGCUGCUGCCAGGCCCGUAAUCUGUCAUGGGCCCCUGUACCGCCUCCUCAUGCUGCUGCCAGGUCCAGAGUGUGUCAUGGGUCCCUGUACGGCCUCCCAUUGCUGCUGUCUCCAUCGCCACACUCUGCCAUGUGCCACACUUUCAGGUCUCCUCACACUGCUGGUGGGUUCCAUUUUGUCAUAGGGUGCUGUAUGGCCUCCCAUUGCUGCUGCCUCCUCCGCCACACUGUGGCUCCACACUCUGGUUUUGGCCCCGUGACUGCCCAAAUGAGUGAAGUGUGCGGUGAUUCUAAGAUCGACGGCACUCAUCUGCAUGUCAUACUGACUGACAGUAUUAUUUCUCUUCCCCAGCAGACUCCAAGGGCAUUUAAAUUAAAGGUACAGUGUUCUGCACUAAUA